ACAAAGUUAGUAUUUUCUCAUGUGAUGAACGAUGACUAAUAAAUACAUCGGUACUUUUUGUAUUUGAUACCUAUAACAGUUUAAUACUAACUACGUUAGAAGUAACAGCAGGAUAUCUGCCAAGGCAUCGGCUAAAUAAAAAUAUCUUUGGCCAAAACAUAUCACGAAGUUCAGUCACACGCUGAUCCUCAAGAAGUAUGGAGCCUAUAGAAGUGCAGUUGACAGAAUUUUAUCCUAAGAAUAAUUCAACUGAAAGCCAUACCGAAGAAUAUGAUUUAGUGAACAGUCCGGAAUUUCCAACACCUAUUUUCCGAAGAGGAUGCAAUUUUUUCUUUGCGAUAAGGUUCAACAGAGAUUUUGAUGAACUAAAUGAUGCAGUACGAGUUAGGUUCGGCUUUGGACCCAAACCCAGUGCGAUAAAAGGAACAAGAAUAAUUUUGCCCUUAUUAGCUCGACAAAAAGUGCUGCCAAAAGAUACAAACAGAUGGUCACUUUGUGUUAACAGGAUAGAAGGAAGUACAAUAGUUUUGCAAGUUCAUAUACCUUGCAGCGCUCAAGUAGGAAUUUGGAAAUGUUCCAUCCAAACUAAUAUUUGUGGUCGUCGUGAUGCACGUUAUGACUACAAAGCAAAAGAUGACAUCUAUAUUUUAUUUAAUCCAUGGUGUAAAGACGAUGGUGUGUAUAUGGAUAGUGAAGACGAGAAAAAAGAAUACAUUUUAAACGAAAACGGAAAAAUUUGGUGUGGCACUUUCAAAAAACCCAUUGGAAGGCAAUGGAUAUUUGGUCAGUUUGAUGAUAUAGCUUUACCUGCAGCGAUUCUUUUACUGGAUAAAUCCGGACUAGCUCCUGCCGAUCGAGGAUCACCGGUUUUAGUAGCCAGGGCUAUUUCCGCUGUGAUUAAUUCGGUGGACGACGGAGGACUACUUGAAGGUAAAUGGGAUGGCGACUACAGUGAUGGUAUUUCACCUCAUGCUUGGACGGGAUCAAUAGCGAUAUUGGAUCAGUACCUAAGAACUAACGGAUCUCCAGUAAAGUAUGGUCAGUGCUGGGUUUUCUCUGCAGCUACAGUUACUGUAUGUCGAGCACUAGGAAUUCCUUGUCGAUCAGUUACUAAUUACGUUUCUGCCCAUGAUACUAACUGUUCUUUAACUGUUGAUAAAUUUUUUGAUUUAUUUGGGAACAAGAUUGAUGAUGGUCCUGAAGGUGACUGUAGUGAUACGUGCUGGAAUUUUCAUGUAUGGAAUGAUGUUUGGAUGACACGACCCGAUUUGCCACAUGGUUACGGUGGAUGGCAAAUAAUAGAUGCUACUCCUCAAGAACAAAGUGAUAAAAUCUUUAGGUGUGGUCCUGCAUCAGUAGAAGCAGUUCGUAAAGGAGUAGUUGGGUAUUUAUACGAUACUCCUUUUGUGUUUUCUGAAGUAAAUGCUGAUGUUGUGCAUUUCAAAGAAGAUGAAAAUUCAGACUGGGGUUUCUCCCGACUUUCUGUAAACAAAUAUCAUGUGGGACGAAAAAUUCUGACCAAACGUAUUGAUGUAACUGACGAAAAGGGAAAUUCCGAUAUGUGGAAUGUCACUUCAUUUUAUAAGAAUCCAGAAGGCUCUGAAGCUGAGCGUUUAUCAGUUUAUAAUGCUGUUAAAGGUGUACCUAAGGCUCAGCACUUAUAUGAUUUCCCAGAUAACAUAAAAGAAGAUGUGUUCUUUGAUUUGGUCGACAUCGAUGCUGUUCCAUUUGGUGAAAGUUUUGAAUUAGUUGUUAAUAUUGAAAAUAAAGCGGAUGCACCACGCAAAAUCACCACAGUGAUGUCAGCAACUUCGAUUUACUAUACUGGAGUUUCUGCAGAGACUAUAAAAAAAUCUCAGGGAACAUUUUCUGUAAAUCCUGGUCAGAAAGAGGUUAUACGAAUGAGCGUUACCGCCGAGGAAUACUUAAAUAAAUUAGUGGAUCAUGGUUUAAUUAAAAUUUAUGCUAUCACCACUGUAGAAGAAACUAAACAAACUUGGAGCGAAGAAGAUGAUUUUACAUUAAUUAAACCUGAAAUAGUUAUUCAAGCUGCUGAUACAUGUAUAAAAGGAGAAGAUUGUGUUGUAAACUUUAGUUUCCAGAAUCCUUUGACAGUUCCUUUAACUGAAUGUAGUUACACACUGGAAGGCCCUGGUUUACAAAGGCCUAAAUCUAUCAAAUAUGGUGACAUUCAACCUAAAGAAGUCGUCAACUUAACUGAAACCUUCCAGGCGAAGAGAACUGGAGAAAGGCUAAUUGUUGCUAACUUUACUUCUAAACAAAUACAAGGAAUUUCUGGUUCAAGAAAAAUCAUAGUGCAGUGAUAUAAUACUUUACCAAGUAUUUUAAUGUAAUUAAGUAAUGAGUUAAGAAGCAAAUUAGAAUGAGGAUAAAAUAAAAAACUAGGAGUAUAUAAUUUUGGAACCAUGAAAACAGACAUUUAUAUCGCAGACACUUGAGUUGACUGCGUUACUAAAUAUUUCAUAAUAUUUAAGUUUUUUAAAUUUAUUUUUUUAUUGUCAUAUUUUAAUGCAUAGAACAUGGGUAAUGCUU